AACAUUUAAUAAUUGAUGAAAUAAACCCACUUUAAGAAUCUUUCCCUCUUGGUCCUCGUUCUCUAUGGCCUUAAUUACGUAGUCGAUUUGCUCACCACCCAAUUCUAAAACGUACUACAUCUCACCAAUCCUAGAUCUAUUAUCUAAAACUUCUAGUUUUGAUAGUAAUCGUUAAGAAAGUCCUGGAGUUGCCCAUCUCUAGAUACGUGUCAUAAACCACUGGAUACGUGAUGAAUUUGUACAUUCCCAAGAUUCUGAGGUAACAUUAUAUCAAUAUGUUAGAAUACCUAUUUACACAAUAUUCAGCGAAAUCUACAAAGUGAGAAGACAAGACAUGAUCCACCCCUUGAGUUACUACCAAACAUUCAAUAAAUUCUUUACUAGAUAAAUUAAGCCGAGAAAGAUCGAACAUGGAAUGAUCAGUCCAGCUGACUCUAAGAUCUUAUCCAUCAGUAAAGUAACAAAGAAUGAAUGUUUACUUGUGAAAAGAGUGACAUAUUAAAUUGGAUAAUUUUUGACAGGCAUCAAGGGAUACGAGAUGGAAUUCAAAAAAAGACAGGAAUCUUCAAACCUUUGGUCAUGUAUAUUUUAUCUUGCACCUGGGGAUUAUCAUCGUUAUCAUUGUCCUGUUGACUUUAUUGCAAAAAGCAGGUUGCAUAUUCCAGGGAAAUUAGCACCUGUCAAAGAAAGCAGCCUCAAAUAAGUAUAUUCGUAUUUUCAAAUUCAAUUAGGGAUUGUAUGAAGGAAAUGAAAGAGUGGUUCUCGAAGGAGAAUGGGAACAAGGACUCAUGUAUAUUAUAUUCAUUGGUGCAACUAAUGUUGGUUCAAUGAAGGUCAAUUUCGAUUCUGAUUUGGCUACAAACACCAACACGUAUCAUAAAAGUGGCUAUCGCAAUUAUUCGAAUCUAACUGUCAAUGCUCCUUAUUCAUCAUGUGAAAAAGGUGUUCACAUUAAAAAGGGGCAGGAAAUAGGAAGAUUCGAAAUGGGUACUAUUCACAUCGAACAUUUUAAUUAGGAUCUACUGUUGUGGUCAUUUUUGAAAGUACAUCAAUUGAAUGGAGUGCGAAAGCUCAAUAAAAGGUUUAUUUCGGACAGUCAGUUGCCUCAUAUUGACAUAAAUAAUACGUAUAUGUAC